AUGUCUGUGCGCAAGGCUCACAAUGCUGGUCGAAAUCACCUGAGAAACGUUGUCGAGUACUAUCAGCAGAUUGGUCACGAAAAGGCACAGUCGGUCAUUGACUCGAUCACGUCUUCUUACGCCGCCGAAGGUCAAGCAAACCCUAUGCUUCAACAAGCUGCGCCGGGGUUUCCUCCGCCUCUGCCCGGAUUUCCAGGAAUGCCUCCUCCACCGUUUGGACUGCCUGGUGCUCCGCCGCCAGGUCCAGGUGGUAUAGUACCUCCCCCUGGUGGUCGCGGCAUGCCAUUUCCACCCUUCCCGGCCAGUGGUGCUCCUCCUCCAAACCUUCCCAACGGCUUGCCCUUUCCUCCUCCACCGGGUGGAUUUCCUCCCAACUUCCAGUUUCCUCCUCCUGGGGGGCCAGGCGGAUUCCCACCUCCAGGUCAACCAGGUCAGCAAGGCCCGCCAGGAGGUCCAAGCCCGGGACCUGGUAGUGGCAUGAAUCAGAGCCAAGCCCCGCCUCCACCGGGUUUCAAUAUGAGUGGUCCUCCGGGUGCAAAUGACAAUAGACGGUAA